CGCGUGCCUUAUAGAACGGUAUCCCAACUUCUCUCAGGAAAGUACAAGGUCUUGACAUCUUUGUUAGCUCUGACUCGUUGUGAGUAAGUGUUGCGACAUGAAGCUCGAGCACAGGCAGAAACCAUCAGCCCAGUCAGCGGCAUCUGGUUCAAAUCGAACGCCAGCGCCGUCUUCCACCCCGACAGGCGACCAAGCAGCCCAACAAGGGGCAGCAUCAACAUCGUCAAUGACAACGGCAGCUGUGGCAACACCCCAGACCAGCUCGAUGCCCGUUGCGCGCUCGCAAGGAGCUGCUUCAAAAGCUGUAACUUCGGAAUGUGUCUCCGCGACAUGGAACGAGGCAUCGAAAACAUUGGUCUGUCCAACGUCACCAACUGGACAGCUAACCGGACAGUUGACAAUUUCUGCGUCCGCGACUGGAUCUCUUGCAAUCAAAUCGUAUACAAGCAAGAUUGCGGGUACCCUGAUUCCGACGGCGUCUGCUGGCUCAUCGUCGGCUUCGGAAGGACUUACAGGGGGUGCAGUCGCCGGAGUGGCGAUUGGGAUGUUGCUCGCCGGGUUUCUGAUCGCUGGAGCCGCAUUCCUGUUCCUGUCACGCCGUCAGAAGAAUAGACGAUACAAUCCAACGCUAGCUCCACCACCGCCGCAUGCACCCAAUAGCGGCGCCGGCGGGCGAUUGGAGAAAGACCCGGCAGUCGUUACGAGUGCCCAUGCUACGGAUAUCGACGAUAUGCUACCUCAGCCUGCAUCAGAUGAUACUAUCACCGACGCAGCCUUGAAGAUACGGGAUAACAUCAAAAACCACGUUCGAGAGUUUUACCACGUUUCUCCUGUCCCAGCAGCCAGUAUCAACCAGGCAAAUAUGAAAGAGCUAGCGAUUGCAACUGGAACGAGCUCUUCCGUACUUGCAAGUAUGCUCUUGAAUAUCUCGACUCGAGCCGAAACGCUUCGCCUUGUUGUAGCCUGGAGUGUGCUCUCGAGAUGCACUGGAGAACGCGUCGAGAGCUUACUUCCGGGGGAGCUUGCGCCGCUCGCCUCAGCGGUUCCUGGAAGAAAUGGUAAAAACGCCGCGCAAUCAGCCUUGUACAGCAAGUGGAAGGCCAUGACUGGUGCUCUCCUGCAUGGUCGAGUUGGCCAGGAUACGCAAGACCGAUUCCAUAGAUUCGCUAGUGCGGCUGCAGACCUGGACGCCAUCGUGGCGCCUUUUGUGCAGAGUGGCUUGGAAUCUCAGCGCAGCAAGAAUCUGAACAUGAUUCUUGCGCGAUCGGCAAACUUCGCGUUUCUGCUCUUCGAACAGCCCGGGGUAUUUCAUUUUGGAUUUUCUAGCGAACACGGAGGGUUGACAGUGUUCCCGGCACUGGUACAGAUAAUCGGGGACCAGGGGCAGGUGCUGGUGCCUUCACGCGUGCUGCUGGAAAAGGAGAUUGCGGCAUGAGAAUGGGUUGUGAUGA